AUGGCGUCCAUUCGCAACCCAUCCUUCCUGCUGCUGGCUCUCCUCGCAGUAGCAGCGUACGCGUCCUUCGCUACCGGCCAGACGGAGCCGUUCCUCGUCACGAAGGCGCGCCAGACGAGAGCGUUCGCCAUCAACUGCACCAGGGAUUCCGCAACCGCGAACGCCACCCAGGCGCUGAGGGCGCAGGAUGUUAUCAACGCCAACGCGACGCUCGCGAACGCCACGGCCGCGUACAACGACGCGUUACCCCUCGUCAACCGUCUCAAGAUCGUCCUCGCUAAUAAGAUCGCCGCGAAGAACGCCACGGCCGCCGCGAUCCCGGGGCUUCAGAACCUCACGGAUGAGGCGCAAGCGCAGCUGGACAAGCUCGUCGCGCAGGGCACGGACGUGACGUCGCUCACGCAAGCCGUGGAGGACGCGAAGCGACGCGCCAACAUGACGUCGACCCUGGUGGACACCCAGCAGGGCGAGGUCUCCGACGCAAACAUCGAAGCGAUCGACGCGGCGAAGAAGGCGGCCGACUCGAGCCUCACAGGCGCCGAUCUGGCCGCAGCGCAAGCCAAGCUUGCCGAAGCGAUGGCGGUGAAGACCCAAGCCGAGGCCAUUCUCAAGGACAUGGCGGAGCUCCUGAAGCAGCAGCAAGCCGUGGCGGCCGCCAAUGCGAACCUCGACGCUGGCGUUGCGGCGGAUGCGGCGGCGGCGACGGCGGUGACGCAGGCGCAGUUCGACGUGAACUACGCGAACGCGUCUAUCCCCGCGAAAUCGGCGAACGUGUCGAAUGCGAAGAUCCUGCUGAGCAAGGCGGUCACCGCGAAGACGAGCGCGGAUAACAACUCGACUCUCAUGGCGUCGCGUGCCUACAAUGCCACUAUCGCUGCGCAGCAGGCCGAAGCUGCAGCAAAGGCCGCAGGGUACACGUGGGUGUGGUAA